ACAUUCCAAAAAUCAGCUCGUUUCUGUUUUUGCCUAAUGAUGGACAAUAAAUAACUUAGGAUCCAAAAGGUUGUUGGCACCGUGUCAUUACUCCGACUCCAGCCCUCCUCGGCCCCUGGCGCUCUGCAUACCUUCCUGGGCUGGGCAAAGCCGGGGAGGCCUCUCUCUGCUGCGGUGGGUGUGAGCUUUGAACUGUAUGCUAUUUAAGCACCAGCUGAUCACUCAUUGUGCAUCUUCGAUCAGCAGUUUUUACUUUACAUCACCGACAGCAUGGAAAGCGAGAAGAAGGCUCCCCUGGGCUCCAUCGAGAACCCGGUCAAGUUUAAUGAUCAGGAUUUCCAAACUCUCCUGGAAAAAUGUCUGAAAUCCGGAGAGAUGUUUGAUGAUCCAACGUUUCCAGCUGAGCAGAAGUCCAUCGGAAUGGCAGAAGACCCGGAUCCAAAGAGGGCGAUCAAGUGGCAGCGACCCAAGGAAAUCAGUAAGAACGCUGUGUUUGUGGAGGGCACAACUGGGACUACUGACAUCUGUCAGGGCCAACUGGGUAACUGUUGGCUGCUGGCGUCCCUCUCCUGUCUGACCAUGCACCCAACGCUCUUUGUGAAGGUGGUGCCGUCUGGCCAGAGCCUGUCCAAGCCUUAUGCUGGGAUCUUCCACUUUAGGUUCUGGCAGUAUGGUGAGUGGGUGGAGGUGGUGGUGGAUGACAGGCUGCCAGUACGAGAAGGCCGUCUGCUCUUCAGCUACUCUCACACCCGCCACGAGUACUGGAGCGCCCUGGUGGAGAAGGCCUAUGCCAAGCUUGUUGGGAGCUAUGGGAGCCUGAAGGGGGGCAACAUUUCAGAGGGGAUGGAGGAUUUUACAGGAGGGAUUGCGUACUCGAUGGAUGUGUCCUCUCGUACUCCUCGAGUCCUUUGGAGGUCUCUGACGGCCGCCCUGACCAGAGGCAGUCUGCUCAGCUGCUUCAUCGAGGCCUGCAACUACAAAGAGGUUGGUGUAGUGACAGGCAACGGGCUGAUAAAAGGCCACGCUUAUGCCAUCACCGACACUGACAAGGUGAUGAAAGCUUCAGAUGAAGUUCUGUUGCUGAGGCUGAGGAACCCUUGGGGUUUCGUCGAAUAUAGUGGACCCUGGAGUGACAAGGGUAAAGAGUGGGAUCACGUGGACAAAGCAGAGAAAGACAGGAUUAAUCUGAAGAAGAAAGAAGAUGGGGAGUUCUGGAUCUGUGCGGAGGAUUUCUCCAGCCUGUUUGACAUCGUGGAGCUCUGCAGCUUAAAUCCCGACGCUCUAGUGGAGGGAAACACACCCGCCUCUCCUUCCUCCGCAGCCUCCCAAUCCCUCUGGACCAUCAGUGAACAUGACGGAUUCUGGGUAUCUGGAAGCUCUGCUGGUGGUAGUCGCAGAUACCAAAAGUCUUUCUGGAAGAAUCCUCAGUUUGAGUUGGUUCUCACAGAGCAGGACCUGCCAGACGAGGACGAUGAGGAUGAUGGCGAUGAAGAUGACGAUGAUGAUGAGGAGGAGAUGACCCCAGAGGAGAAGAAGAGAGCUGAGAAACAGAAGCAGAAAGCUAAACAGUGCACUGUGCUGGUGGAGCUGCUGCAGAAGAACCGACGACAGAGGAAUAAAGUUCACUUCAUCUACAUUGCUUUCCACAUCUUCAAGGUUGCACCUGAGCUUCAGGGUAUGUGUCUGAGCAAGAGCUUCUUCGUGGAAAAUCGCCCUGUGGGUCGCUCUGGAAAAUAUCAGGCUCAGAGGGGAGUGUGGAGGAAGCUCCAUCUGGACCCGGGUAACUACAUCAUCGUGGCCUCCACCUAUCGACCCAACAUCCCCGGAGAUUUCUUUAUCCGUAUUUUCUCCAAGACUGGAAACACUCUCGGCACUCAGGACUUUACCUGCUCCACUGGAUUCCUCCAGGUUAUGGCCGCUCCCGUUCUCCCAGAGGAUCACGUGAGAGUUGAGAAGACUUUUGAUGAAGCAGCUGGUGCAGAUAACAGACUUGACGCCAAGGAGCUCAUGGAUCUGUUUAACUCAGUUUUGGAGAAAGAUUACCAUCUGCCCCUGGAGACGUGCAGACAGCUCAUCUUUGGAGAGGAGACUAAAGGGCGCUCCAGUCUCAACCGUAAACAAACAGAAACCCUGCUGUCCAGUCUGCGCACUCUGCAGUCCAUCUUCUUCCAGUUUGACGAAGACUCUUCUGGCACCAUGAGCCCCUUUGAACUCAGCAACGCACUGGAAGCUGUUGGGAUGAAGUGUGAUGGUCAGGUGGCUCAGCUGCUCUCGGCUCGGUUUUCAUCUGGAGAGCUUCACCUGCCCUUCUACGGCUUUGUGUCAUGUGUCGUCAGGAUGCGCAAGCUGUUUGCUCUGUAUGAGUCAGACACCAGCCAAGAGGUGAAAGACAGAGGGAUCAACGCUUGGCUGCUUCAGUUCCUGGUGUUGUGAGGAUGCUUAAUGAAAAGGGACUUUGAGUUAAACCCAGCUGAUCUACAGUCUGCUGUCUUUUCUAAAGCAUAAACAAUAUAUAUAAUCAUACAUUUUAUACAUAUUUUAAUCCAGUUCUUCCAUGUGUGCCUUAUUUUAAGUAACAGCUGUGGGUUUGCUCUGCUAUUAACCCACAGUUCUGGCUGUAACUACAUACAGUAUAUCUAUGGUUUAAUCGUAGUUAUACGCAAUUUAAAGCCCUCUCUGUGCUUUACAUACAGUGUGGUUUGGUUAAUUUUAGAAAGGAUAGUAAAAAAAAAUAAUAAAUGAACAUGCAAAAAAUGUCAGUAUUAGCCAAAAAUCUAUCUCACUGUAGUCGAUGGCCAAAGUCUUAAAAAGCCUUCCUAAAAAUACAUCAAAGACAGAAUGACAAAACAGGACAAGAAGUUUAAAGACACAGGAUGCAAACUAAACCGGUCAGAUGUUAGAAUAUUGAAUUUAAAUAGAUUUAAACAGUUAAAAGAACAAUUCAAUACAGCAGUGGAUGUAAUAAUAGUACUCAAGUAGAAGGGAAACUACAUUGUCACAUAUACACACAAAAAAAUGCAAUCAUACUUGUAGCAACAUCCUUUUAAUGGUAUGUAACACCGUUUUCAUUCCUCCACAUUGUAAUUAAAUUGAUUUCCUUGUUA